AUCCACCCACCUCGGCCUCCCAAAAGUGUUGGGAUUACAGGUGUGAGCCACUGCACCUGGCAAAUCCCUUUAUUAAUAAAACACCAAACUCUCCUGGACCAAGAAUGUGAGAAUUUUAUUAUUUGAGCAACCUGGAUUUUUACCCCAGGAGCAAUGAAACCAUCCAUGAGACCUGGAAAAAGCUGAAGCUCUCUUUUUUUUCUUUUUUUCUUUUUUUUAACUUGUAUACAGUACAGUUUCAAACAAAAUUGGGGCAACUUUGUACUUUGUACCUUAUUAAAACUGGGGCUUACACAGUGUGUUUGGUUUGACCUUGUCUUCAUAGGAUCUUCUGGCUGAUUCCUUCUCUGGAUGAGUCCCUGAGAAUUUCUAGAAUCUGGGGAGAGUAAAGGAGGGUCUGGAGCCUUCUCUAUAUACAAGGAAAUCCCAGUUUUGUUAAAAACUUGCCAAAGGCUUGGUGAUAUAACUCCAAAGAGAAAUUCACAGUUUCCUUUCAGGUACUUCUUUGGGAUUCUGUAAAGAAUUGUGACUGUACACUAGGAUGUUUAAUAGGAAGGAAACUCCCUCCUUUAUGACAUCACCAGACAGAGAGGUAGCUAAGGGGACUAGUUGAGACACUCUUAGAACAACAGCCACUUUCGUGGGAGCCCAAGAACAGCAGCUUUAAAACGGGGUAAAUAUUCAGGCAUCAUUAGGAUCCUGAAUACAAGCGAGCCAGUAAAAUAUGGGAUCUACUCAGAAAGGCACAAUCUAUCAGAUGGUCAAGACAAAUAAACCUGGGGCCAAGGUAGCAGUUUCAGCACAGAGAGGGUCUGAGGUUACUACUAACACAUCCCCUCAGCGGGGACAUGGGUACAUUCUUGCCUCAAGCCAUCGAAGUGCUGCAGUCUCCCUGAACCCUUCCCACCGAAGAUCAGAAGCUGCACAUCCCACCACUCCCCAUUCGGCAUCAGACUAUCCUCGAUCUGUCUCCCUCCAGUCAGGGCCUGGACACUAUGCGGUACCCACUCCUCGGGUAACCGAGACUGGACCAAGAACAGAAUCAUCCCGCCAUUCCUCUCCUCCUAGAAAGAACCAGCAAACUCAGACACUGGCUUCCCAUGCUUCAAGCAGACUACGGAAUGUUAGUCCACCUGGAGAGGAGGCAGCACGAAGAGGCGGUGAGAGCAAGUCAGGGCGCGAGGUCAGCCAUCAUGCCUCAUCAAUCCCAGAUGCCAAAUCUACUCGUCGGUUGAGUUUUCAAGAUCAGAAGGAUAACUUACAAUCACAAAUCUUAAAAGAUGACCCACCAUCCAAGGUCCAGAACCCCCAAGGAGUCAGAGUUCCCCGUAGGAUUUUGACUUACCCAAAGGAUGAAGCAGUACAAACUGAGCCCAUCCAAAGGAUUACGACUGCUAGCGAGAUCAGAUCUCCAAGGAGUCCCUCUCGCCCAGAGCACAGAAGCAGCUGUGUCUCUGCAGACUAUCAGACAGCCCAGAGAAAGGUCCCUGUAGAAGAAUCAGAAACAGGUCCUUACAGUUCAAUUCCUUCAAAACCCAAGGCCUUGUAUAGGAAUAUGAACUUGGACUCAUCACUCAAACUCUCUGUCCUUAAAGAUUCUGAUGGUGGACACCGAGUUUCUACACGGGUAGACCCUGAGUCUCUUCACAAGUAUUCUGUCUAUCCUGAAACCAAGCCCUCCGCAAAGGUCUUAGUAUCAUCACAGGUGGAGUCCAAUGUGAGGGCCCCAAUCCGAGGAAACAACGAGGUUGGCCGCAGGGUCACCAUCUCCCCAGGGGUACAGUCAGUAGAGCCAACUCACCGUGUGACAGCUCAAUCAGUGUCUGAGGGCUCCCACAAGUCAUCCAUGUUUGUCACUCCAGAGCCCAUCUAUAAACAGCAAACCCCAAAACCCCCAGAAACUACCUACAUGUCCCAAGGACCUACACCCAGGUAUCCAGAACUCUCGCAAAAGCCCUCCAUCCAUGCAGAACUGGAACUGACCCCUCGGCCCUUGCCUCCUCGGUCCUUACCUAGGUACGGACCUGACUCCUCAUGGUGGCCCUUGCUGAAUCCUGAAGUUGAAACACCCCAAAGCCAGCCGACAACACCUGAUUUUGAGCUUAAGUGUUCUCCUUCCCUAGAUCCUUUAUUGUCCGGUUUUAAAAUAGACUCUAGCCCUUUCUGUGAGGAUCUGAAGUUCCAGAGAGAGAAGGCAAGCCUAUCACCACCGUCACCACCAAAGGAGUUUCCAAGUUGGGCACCACUGAAUAAAGUGCCACAGACCCCCAAGCACACCUGCAAACAACCCAUUCAAAGGUUUAGUGCUUUCUUCCUGGAUGUCUCAGAGGAAAUGUACAAUCGUGUCAUCUGGUGGCUGAAAGGUCUGUGCUUUUCCCUCCUAUGGGUCCACUGUGGGAGCUUGGGGGAUGGGAGGACAGGUGAGGAGUGGCAUCUAUGUAUCUACAGAGUUGGGUCGUUUAGGAGAUAAAUGCUGGGAUUUUGACCUGAA